GGUUAGCGAUAGUUGUUCAACUGGCUGACAGGCAGCCGUCGCAGCUGAGACUUGUCUAUCAUUACUCAGAGCACCGAGAGCGUGUGACCGACUGGCUCUAUCUGGUUAGCUUUAGUUGUCGUGGUAAGAGAGGUACAACGGAAUAUAUUUAAGUGCAACAAAGAAGACAUGUAGAUAUCCUCCACCUGUUAUUUGCUACAUCGAGGGGCUAAGUUAGCUAACAUCAACGUUAAGGUUGACUGUUAGCUCGCAUUAGCUAAUUGUGUUAGUUCAUGUCCCUGCUGCGUAUCAUUGCAAGAUUGUCAAAAUGUUGCAUUGAGUAAUGCACCGAGUGUUGAUAUUCAUGAUGGUGGUCUGGGGAGCGCACGGAUGCCCCAAUUCAGGCAAGUGCCCCCCGACCCUGACGCCCAAUUCCACCUCCAAGGAAUUCUGUUACUCCGCCCGAAUUCGCAGUACAGUGCUGCAAGGUUUACCUUUUGGGGGGGUGCCUACAGUCCUUGCCCUUGACUUUAUGUGCUUUUUGGGGCUGCUGGUUGUAUUCUCCUUCCUGAGAAAAGUAGCGUGGGACUAUGGGCGCCUCGCUCUGGUGAAUGACGCUGACAGAAUGGAUCAACGAUACAGUCGGCUGGAUGAUCGGGAAUAUGCCACUACCAUGACAUCAGAUGCAACAGAACGCUACGAACGCCUCACUUCAGUUUCCAGCUCUGUCGACAUCGAUCAGAGAGACACUGGCUUCUGCUCCUGGCUAACUGCCAUCUUCCGCAUCAAAGAUGAAGAGAUAAGGGAGAAGUGUGGGGAAGAUGCAGUCCAUUACCUUUCCUUUCAGCGACACAUCAUUGGCCUGCUGGUAGUGGUGGGCGUGAUGUCGGUGGGCAUCAUCUUGCCUGUUAACUUCUCUGGAAACUUACUUGAAAACAAUGCCUACAGUUUUGGGCGAACCACUAUAGCAAAUUUGGAUUCAGAAAAUGCACUAAUGUGGCUGCACACCAUCUUUGCAUUUCUCUACCUGUUACUGACAGUGUACAGCAUGCGGCGGCACACCUCAAAGAUGCACUACAAGGAGGAUGACUUGGUGAAACGCACUUUAUUUGUCAAUGGAAUCUCCAAAUACGCAGAGGAGGCUGAGAUAAAGCAACACUUUGAGCAGGCGUAUGAAAACUGCGUUGUACUGGAGGCUCGUAUCUGUUACAAUGUGGCCAGGCUGAUGUACCUCAACUCUGAAAGGAAGAAGACGGAGCGCAGCAAGAAAUUCUUUAUUGACCUUCAUGCCAAGGAGCACAUUACCACCAUGAUCAAUCCAAAACCAUGCGGACAUCUUUGCUGUUGCAUCAUUAAAGGCUGCGAGCGGGAAGAGGCAGUGGGCUACUAUACCAAACUGGAGUCACAACUGAAAGAGGAAUACAGGAAGGAGAAAGAAAAGGUGAACAGGAAGCCCCUGGGAAUGGCCUUUGUCACCUUCCAGAACGAGUCCAUCACUGCCAUAAUCCUAAAAGACUUUAACGCCUGCAAGUGUCAGGGCUGUCAGUGUCGCCGGGAGCCCAAGAGCUCUCAAUUCAACGGCAAGCUCCACACACACAACUGGACCGUCAGCUACGCCCCUGAUCCACAAAAUGUCUACUGGGAGCAUCUGUCAGUGGGAGGAGUCACCUGGUGGCUCCGCUGCCUGAUCAUCAACAUUGUCCUCUUCCUCCUCCUCUUCUUCCUCACCACCCCGGCCAUCAUCAUCUCCACAAUGGACAAGUUUAAUGUUACCAAACCUGUGGAGUACCUAAAUAAUCCAAUCGUCACCCAGUUCUUCCCCACCCUCCUACUGUGGUCCUUCUCCGCCUUACUGCCAACCAUCGUCUACUACUCUGCCUUCUUUGAGGCCCACUGGACUCGGUCAGGAGAGAACCGGACCACAAUGCAUAAAUGCUACACUUUCUUGAUCUUCAUGGUCCUGUUGCUGCCCUCUCUAGGACUCAGCAGUUUGGAUGUUUUCUUCCGGUGGCUUUUUGACAAAAGAUUCCUGGCAGAUGGUAAUGUUAGAUUUGAGUGUGUGUUCCUUCCUGAUAAUGGAGCCUUCUUCGUGAAUUAUGUCAUUGCGUCUGCGUUCAUCGGUAAUGCCAUGGAUCUGCUGCGGAUCCCCGGUCUGCUCAUGUACAUGAUCCGCCUCUGCCUGGCUCGCUCUGCAGCAGAGAGGAGGAACGUCAAGAGGCACCAAGCCUAUGAGUUUCAGUUUGGGGCAGCCUAUGCCUGGAUGAUGUGCGUCUUCACUGUAGUAAUGACCUACAGCAUCACCUGCCCCAUCAUUGUCCCCUUUGGGCUGAUGUACAUGCUGCUGAAACACCUCGCGGACAGGUACAACAUGUACUACGCAUAUCUGCCGUCCAAACUGGACAAGAAGAUCCAUUCUGGAGCGGUCAACCAAGUGGUGGCUGCUCCUAUUCUCUGUCUCUUCUGGCUUCUGUUCUUCUCCACUAUGCGUUCCGGAUUUUCAGCGGCUACAUCCAUGUUCACGUUCGUAGUUCUGGUCAUCACAAUCAUUAUCUGCCUCUCUCACGUCUGCUUCGGACACUUUAAAUAUCUCAGUGCUCACAACUACAAGAUCGACGACCAGGAGGUAGACGGGCGGUUGGAGAACGGGCGUCCGCCGUGCGUUACUACAACCAACAAAGCAGGACAAAUGUACAUAGCUGAGGUUCUCCAAGACCCAAAUUCAGAGGGGGGGUCAGGCAGUGGAGAGGAAGAUGGCCAGGGGUCCUCGCAGGACGAGGAAAUAAUCAAUGUGGAAAAUGGCUUGAAUGAGGACUUCCAGUCUGGUGAGGACAGCCUCAUUGAGAAUGAAGUGCGACACUGAUACUGACUGGAACAGUUAAAAACCCCCUAAGUUUAACUUGAGGAGUGCACUGAAAUUAUGUGAAUUUAACUAGGAACUGAACCAACAGUUCUCCAAAGCAUCUCAACCUCCAUCGAGGGACUUUACACUAACCUAAGCACACUGUCUACUAAGGAUUUAAUGGAUUGUCGCUCAAGGACUCUUGCAUUUCCUUCACUGGAUCUCACCAAACCACAUCUUCUGUCUGUGUACCUGCAGAGGGAAUCUACUCUGAAAAGGCAAGGACAGCGACAUGACGUCCUUCUGCCCCGAAAUAGCUGAGGAAAGCCCCAAACACUGCACAUGGACUCAUGAAAGAAAGACACUAAUGCACAAAUGAAGCAUAGUUUGCCUUGUUUUGUAAGGGGACUGAUAUUCUGUGUGUAUUUCCCUAAAAAUAUUGCACUUGGAAGAGAGAACCUGUCCUAUAAGCUCUACUUUCACUAAGGUACUGUAGUACAGCAUGCCUUCAAAGUACAAAUGGUGGAGGGAUGUUCCUAAAAUCCUUUGCCAGUAUUUCUAAUUGUCUGCACUAAAUGCCUCCCCUGAAUAAGCAGCUGGAUUUGAGACGAGAAAAAGUGAUUUCACACCAGACAGCUUGGUCCGUACAAAUGUGAUGUUCUCAAAAUAGUUCUUCCAAUUCCAUAAAAGCCUUUAGAAAAUAAACAAAGAAGAAAGAAAUUGCUACUAAUACUCCUGGAUGCUACGACACUGUACAGCUACAAAACUUUGGAUUUGUAAAAUAGCCUUUUUUUUUGACAUGGUAUUUAUUUGUAGGCAUUGAAUUUGAAAUGCUAUCAAGCUCGAUACAUCCCUAAACUUUGGAAGAAUAUAACCCAUAUCUUGGCACACUACAUUCAUCUGUCGUUCAUUCUCUGAGCCUGUGUUGGGACUGCUGCUACUGAUGUGCCCCCCCCCCCCGGGCUGCAGCUGGAGGACUGGAGGCCCGGAGCCUGCUGAUCCUUCUGUGAUGCUCAGAGGAUGAAGAGAAAAGCCUUUGGGUUUUGUUUUUUCUUUGUUCCACUUCAUAUGAUACUGGACUGGUUCUCUUAAUUUGUUGUUUUCCAUUUGUAUCUCUUUGUUCACAUGUUUACGUCUUCAUGGAAGGAUUUAGAAAUUAGCAUUGAGUGUUCUCCUGAUAGUUUUAUGAAUAAGCUAAUCUAUAUCUCAUCACUCAUUCUUCUGCCAGGUCCUCUCCAUUUAUAUCAUGUAGUAGCAUUUUGUUGUCAUCCAGCAUUGUUAUGGUUUCCCCAUUUGCAAUUACUCAGAGUUGUAUAAUGUUUAGCUCAAAUUGUGCAAUUUCUGGUGACAACUUAUCAGAUCUUAGGCUUGGCCGAUUAACUCUCAAUACUACUAUGCCUCCCCCAUUGAAAGCAAAUUGGAAGACAUAUGCAUUAUGUUGCUUCAUGGGUUGUUAUAAAGUGAUAAAGUUUGGCCUCUAUUGUACAUUCCAUUUGCAGAUCCAGUUACUAGCAUUGUCAGGCCUCCGUCAGAGCUAUAGUAGCUUCCAGAUCUGCCUCAGCCAUAUCAAACAGCUUCUUUUCAGGAAUCAGGUAGACUCAGACAACAUCACAAACACAAUUUAACAAAUUAUAAUUUAGAAACGAAGUGCUUACACAGUUAGGACCUUACUCAGGAUUUAUCAAGCUUCUUGUUUUUGUCAUUUCAGUUUUUCCUAAGUAAAGAUGACACCAUGAGCUUCCCUAAAAAAGAAAAAAAAAAGAGGAUUGUUGGUAGAGCAAGGCUGCAGACAAAGCACCACUAUAGUGUGUCACUUUGGAUGAAUUGUUGUUUUUGGGCCAUUUAUAUCAAACUUAUUAUCCAGAUGCUCAGAGAACCAAUGUGGGAAAUGUGCACUAAUCUCACUUUCACUUGUAUGAUUGACAGAGAAGGGCCCGCCCCCUGUGGGUGUAAUGAUGACAAUGGUGAAGCUAAAAUGUUUCCAUAAUUUUUCCAUGGGUAUAUUGGCACCAUAUAUGGGUAAAUUAUUAUGGUACUAACAAGAGAGUUGUUUGACACCCUUGAGUCUGGUGCUCUUCUAGUCAUGAUAAGGUGAUUUUAUUUUUAUACCUCUUCAUUUUUAUACCUCUGAGAUGUCAUGAAAUCUCUAAAUGUGUCCUGUCUAAAUCUAAAUCCACUGCCCGGCUCUGAGAGAAAUACCUAAAAAUCGUAUAAUGUCUAAUAUCUACAGUGUUUAAACGUUGAAUGUAGGUUAAUUUCAAACCUUUUGGUAAGUUAAGUGCGAUCGCUGUAUUUACACAGCUUCAACAGGAGGGUUCACUAUAGCUAACCAGCAAUUAAAGUGUCAUACUACAGAACUUGAUUGUGUCCAGUCCCAUCAUCAUAGCAUUUCAUUUGUCAGUCUGCAACGAUUUCCACUACUUUUUUUUUUGUUGGUGUAAUUCCAAGUCUAGGAUCCUCAUGAGUCCUUUUACUUUAGAUUAUGUUUAUAAGAUCUGUAUAGACAGUGGGAAAUGGAUUGUUUUUCUGAAAAGCUAGGCACUUUCUAAUAGAAGUUCUCAGCUUGUUCUACUGUACCAUGUACUCAGAAUGGGUAGUAAAGUGUCUGUGUAUCAAACUGUGCACAAUUAGAAUGUGUCUUUGUGUGCUUGCCUUUUAUAGUUUUACAUUUUUCUAGAUAGGAAGAGUAACAAUAGCAGAUCUCUGCAAUUGACAGUCUCAUUUUAUUAUUUCCAAAGGGCCGUCUGUGCUACAGAUAUAUACUGUGUAUAUCUGUGCUCCCCCCCCCCCCAAGCUCUUUGAACAAUAAAUCUGUAUUUAAUCAAG